AUGUCUGAACUUGCCUCAUUUGUGGGAAAGAAAGUUCACGUUAUAACCACCGACGCCCGGUUCUUUGAAGGAAUACUAGAAGGAUUCGACAAAAACACCAACAUAAUACUCAGCAAUAGCAUUGAACGAUUAAUACACCUGACUCAAGAGUCAGAUGAGGCAAAUGAGGCAAUACCGAGUGGUGUUAAUAUAAUGAGAGGUAAUGAAAUUGUUUGCAUUGGAGAGAUUGAUGAAGAGGUGUAUACCAAGAUCAAUUGGGAGACAAUAAAGGGACAUCCACUCAAGACUACAAAGAAUCUGCUUUAA